AUGAAUCACUUCUCUUUCUUUUUUAUAUUUUUUUAUGUAUACUUUUGUUAUCUCCCAAACAAAACUUUAGCAAUGACCUUAACGCUACAAAACCAAACUGAUCACCAAGCAUUGCUCCAAUUCAAACACUCAAUAACCAAUUAUCCAAAUGGAGUCCUAGACUCUUGGAAUUCCUCCACACACUUUUGCAAAUGGCAUGGAAUCACAUGCAACCCCAUGCAUCAAAGAGUCACAAAGUUGAACUUACAAGGUAACAACUUGUAUGGUUCCAUUUCACCUUUUAUUGGAAACCUCUCUCGUUUAAGAAACAUCAACCUCCAAAACAAUAGCUUCACCAAAAAAAUUCCACACGAACUCGGCCAGUUGUUAAAACUAAAUCAACUCUCUUUGGGCAAUAACAUGUUUUUAGGAGACAUUCCUAAGAGCUUGUCAAAUUGCUCCAAUCUUAAAGUCUUGCAUUUGCUUAAAAACAAUCUCACCGGAAACAUACCAAUCGAAUUCGCCUCUCUUCAAAAGCUUCUCAAAAUAAACAUAGGAAAAAACCAUUUAACCGGAGGAGUUCCUUCUUUUAUGAGUAACCUUUCUUCCUUGACAAGUCUUGUUCUUUUUUUCAACAACUUAGAGGGAAAUAUUCCACAAGAAAUAUGUCUCCUAAGAAACUUGAGAAAUAUAUCGGUUGACGUGAACAAAUUAUCAGGUACAUUUCCACCUUGUUUUUAUAAUAUGUCAUCUCUUGAAUCGAUCUCAUUUGCUGAGAAUCGCUUCAACGGUUAUCUUCCGUGGAAUAUGUUCUAUACAUUACCAUAUCUCAAAGAUUUUAGAAUGGGACAUAAUUUAUUCUCUGGCAAAAUCCCUACUUCCAUUGCAAAUGCUUCUACUUUGAAAACAUUUGACAUUGGUCAAAACUCUUUACGUGGACAAGUUCCAAGUCUAGGGAAGCUACGAGAUCUUGAUUUGUUAAAUCUCGAGAUCAACAUUCUAGGUAGCAAUUCAACUAAAGAUUUAGAUUUUUUGAAAACAUUGACAAAUUGUACUAAGUUACGAAUUCUUAGUAUAACUGCCAAUAGUUUUGGAGGUUUUCUUCCAAAUUCUAUAGGCAAUUUUUCCCACCACCUUUAUGAACUAUACCUUGGGGGUAAUGAGAUAUCAGGAGAAGUUCCUAAAGGGUUAGGAAAUCUAGCAAACUUAAUCAUCUUGAGCUUGGGACACAACCACUUUGAAGGAACUAUUCCAACAAGUUUUGGACAGUUCAAGAAAAUGCAACUGUUAGAUUUGCGCCAAAACAAUUUUUCGGGGGAAAUACCGAGUUUCAUAGGCAAUCUCAGUCAGUUGUUUGAUCUGCGGAUGGAAGAAAACAUGUUUGAAGGAAAUAUUCCUUUGAGUAUAGGGAAGUGUCAAAUGUUGCAAUUUCUAAGCCUUUCACACAACAAUCUUCGAGGACCAAUACCUUUAGAAGUUUUUCGAAUUCCGUCCUUAGCAAAGCUAGAUGUCUCUGAAAAUCGUCUGUCUGGUGAGAUACCAAGAACCAUAUAUGGAUGCUUAAGCUUAAAGUACCUUGGUUUACAAGGUAACUCGCUUAACGGAACCAUACCUUCCAAAUUGUCAGAUCUCAAAAGUCUUCAAUAUUUAGACUUGUCCAGAAAUCAAUUGUCUGGAUCAAUUCCGAAUGACUUGGAGAAUAUGGAUCUUCUAGAAUACUUGAAUGUAUCUUUCAACAAGUUGGAAGGUGAGGUUCCGAUCAAAGGUGUAUUUCAAAAUGCAAGUCGGAUAGCAGUGACAGGAAACAAUAAGCUUUGUGGAGGAAUUUUAGAGUUGCAUCUAUCACCAUGCCCUGCCAACCUCAUAAAACCUACAAAACACCAAAAUUUGAAAUUGGCAGCAGUGAUCAUUAGUGUGAUUGUUUUCCUUAUACUCAUGUUAGCUCUAACCAUCUACUUGAUGAGGAAAAGAAAUAGAAAAUCAUCUUUUGAUACACCGAGAAUUGAACAACUAGAUAAGGUUUCAUACCAAGAACUAUAUCAAGGAACCGACGGAUUCUCAGAUAGAAACUUGAUUGGAUCAGGAAGUUUUGGUUCGGUAUACAAAGGAAAUCUUGCAUCACAAGAUAAAGUUGUUGCUAUAAAGGUUCUGAAUCUUAAAAAGAAAGGAGCACACAAGAGUUUUAUCGCGGAAUGUAAUGCACUAAAAAAUAUCAGACAUCGAAAUUUGGUCAAGGUUUUAACAUGUUGUUCUAGUACUGAUUACAAAGGUGAAGAAUUCAAGGCUUUAGUUUUUGAUUAUAUGAAAAACGGAAGCUUAGAAGACUGGCUUCAUCCGCGGUCAGCAAAUUCAGAACAUCAAAGAAUGUUGAGCCUUGUUCAAAGAUUAAACAUCAUGAUUGAUAUUGCUUAUGCGUUACAUUAUCUUCAUCGCGAAUGUGAGCAAUUAGUCCUUCACUGUGAUAUAAAGCCGAGCAACAUCCUUCUGGACGAUGACAUGGUUGCUCGCGUGAGUGAUUUUGGCAUAACGAAACUUGUCUCGGUCGUUGAUGAUACAUCUUAUAAGGAAACUAGUACUGUCAGGCUAAAAGGGACCAUUGGUUAUGCUCCUCCAGAGUAUGGAAUGAGUUCUGAAGUAUCGAGCUACGGUGACAUGUAUAGCUUUGGAAUACUCGUGUUGGAAAUGAUUAUUGGAAGACGACCAACGGAUGAAAUGUUUGAAGAUGGUGAAAAUCUGCAUACUUUUGUUAAGAACUCGUUUCAUGGUAGUAUUAUGCAGAUUUUGGAUACAAAUCUUGUUGUACCAAGAGAUACAGAGGCAAGAGUGGAGAAGUGCUUAGUUUCAGUUCUAAGGAUUGGAAUUGCUUGUUCAAUGGAAUCACCCAAAGAAAGAAUGAACAUAGUAGAUGUUACUAAAGAGUUGGAUAUAAUCAAGAUGGUCUUUCUUGAUGGUGAGAGAAGAGAAGAUUGA